GUGUUCUGUCGUCACGUGACCUACUCUCCCCCAAGUCCCUUUGUUGUUGUUUCUCCUGCUGGAGUCGACUGGAGCAGGGUUUUUUUUUUUUUUUUGGCCAUUGACCAGGAUUUAGAUAAGGAAGUAGAGAGAAAGAAUCAGGGGCUAUUCUCCUCCCAUCUGGACGAGGCUACCGGCGAAAAAGGACGAGAGAACGUGGCAGUCAGGGUGUGAAAUCAGUGAAAGGCAAAAAAAAAAAAAAAAAAAAAAAAGUGACACAAAAAAUCCUGCAGCGUGUGGAAGCUGCUGUCAGGGCCGGAGGUAAUGCUGCUGCUGCCUUUUCAGGAGGAAAACUGAGUCGAUAUUGUUAAGGGCUGUCAGCAUCACUUUUUAAUUUUAUUUUAUUUUUUUUUAAAGAAGACACUAACAAAACCUGUUAAUGACUCUUUUUUUUUACUUGCUUUGCUUUUGGCUUAGCUUCGGUACUGUUUUGGUUUUCCAAGCGUGUUUUAUUUGCUUCAUGCAAUCGUGCAGUUUUUUGUAAUUUAAGGAAGGGACUGAACGAGCGAGAACUGACAAGUGGGCUGUUUGGCGUUGAUGCUCUCAGCCUGUUUUAGCUCUCGAUAGCUUCGUCAUCCUCACCAUGGUUGGAGGCUUGCACCCUGCUAGGUUGAUCAGACCUUUGCCUCUCUAUUACUUUUCACUUUGUUGUCUCUUAGCCAGCUCCUCAUUAGCUGGGAUUCGGGCAUCCAAUCCCCAGACAAGCGAGUGCCACAACGGGAAAGGCAAAGGUACCAACUGCUCAGAAUUCAGUCAAAAAGAAAGCGAUUUCCGAAUAUGUGACGAAGCAUCAUGUAAAUUCGGGGGAGUUUGCAAAGAAGAAGGGGGAGACGUGAAAUGUGCAUGCCAAUUCCAGUGUCACAAAAACUACAUUCCAGUGUGUGGAUCAAAUGGCGACACCUACCAAAAUGAAUGUUAUCUUAGACAAGCAUCCUGCAAACAUCAGAAACAUAUAUCAGUGUUAUCAGAAGGUCCAUGUUACCCUGAUAAUGGUUCUGGAUCAGGGGAAGGAGAGUAUGAAGGAUCAGGCGCAGAUGUUAACAGAAAGUUCACAAAGUGCGGCACUUGCAAAUAUGGAGCCGAGUGUGAUGAAGACUCAGAAGAUGUUUGGUGUAUAUGCAACAUUGACUGCAGCGGACACAAUGAAAACCCAGUAUGCGCAACAGAUGGAGACUCGUACAAAAACCCCUGCCUUGUCCGAGAGGCUUCCUGCUUGAAGCAGGAACAGAUUGACGUGAAACAUCUAGGAAAAUGCCCAGUAAAAGAAGAUAAAGUAUUAUCAGGGAAGAAGGAAGAAGGAAUUCAGUAUCGACCUGAAUAUAAAGAUGCUGGUGAUCCAGGAGAAGAUGGCUACGGUGGAUACCCUGAAGCCUGUUCAGAGAACUACAUUGGUUUCUGCAAACACGGAAGCUGUGAAUUUAAAUAUGAUGAGCCUUCUUGUCGGUGUGAUUCUGGCUACAAAGGGGCACAAUGUGAUGAAACUCAAGACUUCAACAUUCUCUAUGUUGUUCCAAGUGGACAGAAACUCCACUAUGUCCUCAUUGCAGCAAUUAUAGGAGCAGUGCAGAUAGCAAUUAUAGUUGCUGUUGUGAUGUGCAUUACAAGAAAAUGUCCCAAAAACAACAGAGGGCGUCGGCAAAAGCAAAACCUCGGACAUUUUACUGCAGACACAUCUUCCAGAAUGGUGUAGCACGCUGUUUUUGAUAACUUUUCUUACCAUGUGAGGUACUUUUUUUUUUUUUUUUAAUUCUUACGAUUGAAGAUAUUUAUUUCAGGGGCCUUAUUUUUUCUUUCUGGACAUUUUCAGUGUCUGCAUUGCGCAGUGAACAACUUUUAGCUUUUUUAACAGCUACUGACUGUUUGAAAAAAGUAAACAAAAACAAAAAUAUAUCACCGCUUUUGUUUUGCAUUGUUUUGAAGAUGGCAGCACCGGUUUGCGUACCGGAUAUCGCAUGGUAAUGUAAAAGACUUCCGCUUCACUCCAUGGAAUGUGCUGUUUAUUGGAAACACUCAACUACUUCACCAGUGUUUGCAAGAGACGUACAACACCCAAGACUGCUUUUAUGAUUGAGGCAUGAACCAGAGAGGUGAAGAUGUUUACAGUUUAUCUUUCUGAUGGAAACAAGAAUAGGAAGAACACAAUGUUUGAUUAGCUAUUUAAUUUUUUUUCUAGACACUGCAUAUUGCAUGACUUGUGAAACUGUGUUCUGUGAAGUAGUUGUAAUUUAAUGAAAAUCUGUUUCAGACUGUUUUGUGACUUACAUCUGAGCACUACCAUCUUUGUAAUUCCAACAUUUCAUCUGUAUUUGAAUAGUCCUUAAGUGUAAAAUUAGCAGCAAUGCAGAAAUAUGUCUGGUAGUGCUUGUGGAUGCGAGGACCACAAAAAGGAGUAUGUCUUUAGAAUAUGUAAUUAAGUUCUGUGUAAACUUUGAAUUCCAAAUAAGUCUCCUGUAAUAAAGCCUUCUUUAUAAACCACUGUUAAACUGAAGGAGGUACAGUGUUUAUUACUAAACACUUGAGGUUGGCUUUAUAUAUAUAUUAUAACUAGGGGUCUACUUAAAUUGCGGUAAAUUUACGUAUUUUUCACAGGUAGGUU